UGACUGGGCCGACCUGCCGCGGUUGGCUGGGUGUGCCUAAGUGAGGGCUGGAGCUGGGCUGGAGCAGCUGGGUCUGGUCACAGCCAUUCUCCUCUUCCUGGUGGAUGGAAUCCCAGCUGGGCUGUGCCGAGCCCUCGCUCACGGUCCCCGGCAGCAGAUGGCCUGGGGUGGACUGUCCCCAACAGCAGCAGCACCCCAGAGGGCCAGGCCCUCCAGUCAGUCGGCCCCCUCAGCAGAGAGCCGCCUGCACACUGGCCAAUCUGGGGUGCCUGCCAUGCCUGGCCCAGGGGUGUGUGAACACCCCGGAGCUCACAGCUGAGCUGGAACGGGGCACUCCAGUUGGUACAGGGACCACAGCCUCUGGCUCAGGUGCCUCCCUGUGCUGUUUCGUGGGCACAUCCGGGCCUUAAGCCCCUCCCUGGCAGCUCCAGCCCAAUCUGGCCUAGCUACCCCCACCCCCACGCUAUCAGGGCCCACCCCCAGUCCCCUUGUAGAGCAGGGACUGUGGCGCCAGACCAGGCUCCUGUUACCCUGCUUCCUGGGUCAGAGGUCAGUCACAGGGUCAGGGGGACACUCCCAUCCGGUGUCAGAGAGAACCACUCCCUGAGGCCCCAGACUUCUGGAGCCACAGAGGGUUUAGAAGAGCAGAUUCCAGGCAGCCUUUUGUCCUGCUGCGCCAGCCAGGCCAGCCCCCUGCCCUCCCCAAGGAAGAGGAGCCAGACUGGGGAUGUGUGCCCCGCCGACGGGGGCUGGGGCAGGGCAAGGCUCUGGUGCCCCGGGACGCUUGCUCUUUUCAGCCACAGACGCCCUUGCACGUGGCCUUCCCUUGGGUGGUGCCAUCCCAUGCAGAGCCACGUCCAGGGCUGCGCGGUGCGUGGGCCGAGGCUCCGGCGUCAGCGUUUGGGGCUGUUCUUAUGUUUGUGGGCGGCCACAGGCCUCUUUGCACCUGCCCCGCCUUGGGGACAGGCCCGAGCCCCAAGCCCGCAGCCUGAUUUCAGGGAUGGGGGUCUCUGGGAAUGCAGUCCUGCCGGGUUGGGCCCCACUCCAACAGGGGCAGCAGAGCAGAGGAGGCCGGGCCGUGCUGGGCGUCCUGCAGACCCCUGUGCCCCUAAAACAGCCACGGAGGGGAAGGAACCUUGGAGCGGAGCGAAGCCCUUGGCCUGACCCGGACGCACGUGACCGUUGUCAGCUUGGACCCGGCCUGGGGGACCCAGGCUGUGGUCAGCCACGCUCUGCGGGGAGGGCCUGUGCCCGCCACCCCCACGGCACAGGAGCCUGGGGUCCAGAGGGCGUCAGGGACAAAAGCUGGGAUCUGCUGGCCCUGCCCCCACCCUACUGAGGGUUGUCAAGGAGACUGAUCUCAGCCCAGGGGUGGAGGAAGGGGUUCAGGUUACAGGGUCCCCUCCCCUCCCCCUCUGCAGCCAGAGCCAGCCCUUCUCCACCCCCGGUGACCCUCAUGGCCAGUGGCUCUGUGCUCAUGGGCCUCUGGCCCCUCCCCAACCUCCUCCCCUCUGCCCUGCGCUGACCAGGGCCUGGGAGCCCCCGCACGGUUCAGACAGAGGGGCCAGGCUGAAGCUGGAGAGGAACCAGCGUCACACAGACGGCCUCUGAGAACUUGGAGACCCCGUUAUCCACCCAGCAGGGGCGUCAGGACAAGCAUCUGCUGCAGGCUUCGGCCUCAGGGGCGAAAGGGAGCCCCCGGGGUCCUGGUGGGGGUGCCGACCACAGGCCCGGAGGGUGGAUGCCUGCAGGAAGCUGGGCUCUGCGGAGCCCGAGGAGGGGCUGGUGGCCACACCCCCCGGCCCCCUGGCUCGGCGGCCCUCAUGCCCGCGCCACGGCCACUCCUGCCGCUCCUGCUCCUCCUCCGGCUGACCUCGGGGGCCGGCUUGCUGCCAGGGCCGGGGAGCCACCCGGGCGUGUGCCCCAACCAGCUCAGCCCUAACCUGUGGGUGGACGCCCAGAGCACCUGUGAGCGCCAGUGUAGCGGGGACCAGGACUGUGCGGCUGCUGAGAAGUGCUGCAUCAACGUGUGUGGACUGCGGAGCUGCGUGGCAGCACGCUUCCCCGGCAGCCCAGCCGUGCCCACGACAGCGGCCUCCUGCGAGGGCUUUGCGUGCCCACAGCAGGGCUCGGACUGCGACAUCUGGGAUGGGCAGCCCGUGUGCCGCUGCCGUGACCGCUGUGAGAAGGAGCCCAGCUUCACCUGCGCCUCGGACGGCCUCACCUACUACAACCGCUGCUACAUGGAUGCCGAGGCCUGCCUGCGGGGCCUGCACCUCCACAUCGUGCCCUGCAAACACGUGCUCAGCUGGCCGCCCAGCAGCCCGGGGCCACCGGAGACCACUGCCCGCCCCACACCUGGGGCCGCGCCCGUGCCUCCUGCCCUGUACAGCAGCCCCUCCCCACAGGCGGUGCAGGUGGGGGGUACGGCCAGCCUCCACUGCGACGUCAGCGGCCGCCCGCCGCCUGCUGUGACCUGGGAGAAGCAGAGUCACCAGCGGGAGAACCUGAUCAUGCGCCCUGAUCAGAUGUAUGGCAACGUGGUGGUCACCAGCAUCGGGCAGCUGGUGCUCUACAACGCGCAGCCCGAAGACGCCGGCCUGUACACCUGCACAGCGCGCAAUGCCGCUGGCCUGCUGCGGGCUGACUUCCCACUCUCUGUGGUCCAGCGAGAGCUGGCCAGGGACAGAGCCCCCAGCAUCCCAGCCCCGGCGGAGUGCCUGCCAGAUGUGCAGGCCUGCACGGGCCCCACUUCCCCACACCUUGUCCUCUGGCACUUUGACCCGCAGCGGGGCGGCUGCAUGACCUUCCCGGCCCGUGGCUGCGAUGGGGCGGCCCGGGGCUUUGAGACCUACGAAGCGUGCCAGCAGGCCUGUGCCCGCGGCCCCGGCGACGCCUGCGUGCUGCCUGCCGUGCAGGGCCCCUGCCAGGGCUGGGAGCCGCGCUGGGCCUACAGCCCGCUGCUGCAGCAGUGCCAUCCCUUUGUGUACGGUGGCUGCGAGGGCAACGGCAACAACUUCCACAGCCGCGAGAGCUGCGAGGAUGCCUGCCCCGUGCCGCGCACACCGCCCUGCCGCACCUGCCGCCUCCGGAGCAAGCUGGCGCUGAGCCUGUGCCGCAGCGACUUCGCCAUCGUGGGGCGGCUCACGGAGGUGCUGGAGGAGCCCGAGGCCGCCGGAGGCAUCGCCCGCGUGGCGCUCGAGGAUGUGCUCAAGGAUGACAAGAUGGGCCUCAAGUUCUUGGGCACCAAGUACCUGGAGGUGACGCUGAGUGGCAUGGACUGGGCCUGCCCCUGCCCAAACAUGACGGCGGGCGAUGGGCCGCUGGUCAUCAUGGGUGAGGUACGCGAUGGCGUCGCCAUGCUGGACGCCGGCAGCUACGUCCGGGCCGCCAGCGAGAAGCGUGUCAAGAAGAUCUUGGAGCUGCUGGAGAAGCAGGCCUGCGAGCUGCUCAACCGCUUCCAGGACUAGCCCCUGCAAGGGGCCUGCGCCACCCCGUCCUGGUGAAUAAACGCACUCCUUGUGUCCCAGA